CUGAAUUUUAUUCUUGUUUUGUGAAAUCAUAACAUUUUGUAAAUAAUAAAUAUUAACGAAAUGGCGCCAAUCAGAGAUAAACGCAUCGUGACUAUCAACCCCUAUGGAAAGAAAGAUAAUGUCAAGUGCGUGGAUUAGCGUCAACUCCGAAUCUGUGAUUAUAAAGGGAGGGGGGAAACUUUGAGCGAGGCACACCUGUGACUUUGGGACAGAAAGGAUUCUCCCGUCGGGGAUCAUCCUAUUCUAAAUUAAUUUUUUGUGUGGUUCUAUUCUGUAACCACUAUUUCAUACCUUAAGACUCAGAUGAGUGUUAUGCACAAUCAUGAGUGUGUAUAUACUAUAACAAUUGAAUGGUCAAUUUGCAAUUAAACUUAUAAUUUAUUUCAGGAACAACAACAAUUAUGGCUUCAGCAACGGAAAUCGUAUCGAAAAAACCGUUUUAUAUGAAAAUGGAUGGUAUUAUAUAUCCAGGUCACUUUUCACCAAAAUGUUUCCGUGAAGCUAUGGAUUACAAACCUCAAGCAGAGGACGUUUUUAUUGUGACUUAUCCAAAGAGUGGGACAACAUGGAUGCAAAAUGUAGCUCUUUACAUUUUUCGUAAGGGGAAAGAACUUGAAGAAAUGUCUCAGUUUCUGAGGCAUUGUCCAUUUAUAGAUCUGUGCGGCAAGGAGAGCAUUGAAAAGAUGCCAAGACCUGGUGCAUUUAAAACUCAUCUUCCUUAUACCCAUAUGCCAUAUUCCUCUAAAGCUAAAUACAUUUUUGUUGCCCGCAAUCCCAAAGAUUGCGCCGUGUCUUUUUUUCACCACACUAGAAAUCUACCUGGAUAUAUGUACUGGGAUGGCGAGUUUGAUGAUUUUUUCGAGCUUUUUAUGGCUGGUCAAGUGGAGUUUGGUGACUACUUUAAUCACUUAUUGUCUUGGUACCCUCACAGAAAUGACCCCAAUCUUUAUUACACCACUUACGAGGAUAUGAAGAAAGAUAUAAAGAAAGUAAUUGUCGAUUUGGCUAAAUUCCUUGGUGAUGAGUUCAUUGGCGCAAUCGAAAAAGAUAAUUCAGUUUUGAAUGACAUCGUGAAUUUUAGCAGUUUUGAAUACACGAAAAAGAAAUUUGGUGAAAUUUAUGAUUUAAAACCAAAAGAAGGUGAGAUACUUACGGAACCAGAGACUUAUGAAGGUUUGCAGUAUAUUAGGCAAUUUAUUUCUGAAAUAGAUUUGCCAAAAGUUUUACCUGAAAUAAAUUUUUUUCGGAAAGGAAUCGUUGGAGAUUGGAAAAAUGCUAUGACUGAAGAGCAAGCUGAAAGACUGGAUAAGAAAUUUAAGGAGAAAACUGAAGGGACAGAUAUUCCGAACUGGUUUUCCAUUUCAUAAAAAUGAAUACUACAUGUGUAAAUAUUGUUACGUGUGUUAAAAUUGUAAAAGUUAUUAGAACAUGAAUUUCAUAACUUUUACUUUAUGUUAAAAGGAUUAAAGAGUAGUAUGCAUUA